UACUCUUUUUGUAUAUUGAAAUGUGGUGAAUAUUUUAUCCUCAGGACGGAUGGAAGUUUUGUGGUUCAUGAUAUACCUUCCGGAUCUUACGUAGUAGAAGUUAUAUCCCCAGCUUACAGGUUUGAACCAGUUCGAGUGGACAUAACUUCAAAAGGCAAAAUGAGAGCAAGAUAUGUGAAUUACAUCAAAACUUCGGAAGUAGUCAGGCUGCCAUACCCACUUCAGAUGAAAUCUUCUGGACCCCCAUCUUACUUUAUAAAGAGAGAAUCUUGGGGAUGGACAGAUUUUCUAAUGAAUCCUAUGGUUAUGAUGAUGGUUCUUCCAUUACUGAUAUUUGUAUUGCUGCCUAAAGUUGUCAACACCAGUGAUCCUGAUAUGAGACGGGAAAUGGAGCAGUCAAUGAAUAUGCUAAAUUCCAACCACGAACUGCCUGAUGUCUCAGAGUUCAUGACAAGACUAUUCUCUUCAAAAUCUUCCAGCAAGUCUGGCAGUGGCAGCAGUAAAGCAGGGAAAAGUGGUGCUGGAAAAAGGAGGUAGUUGUUUCUUCCUCCUGGGCCUUAGUUUGCACAACUAUUUUUGUGUGGUAUCAUCUGUAUGGGUCUUAGAAGUUCAAAACACCACUGCUGUAAACUUGAUUCAACAUGAAAAUUGAUCUGCUACAACUGUUGUAUGUGAUGUAGCUUUUUAGCCUGUUUAAGCUGUUUUGUACUUUGGCAGUAAGCAGAAAAGGACAUGGCUUCAAUCUUGUAUGUGUAUAAGGUCAAUAUUGAUGAUACUGAAUUAACUGUAUUGCUCUGUAGAAAAUGACAUUAAAGUAAUUAAAUUAUAUGAUGUGCUAUA